AUGAUACCCAAAAAGCCACUUCCACACCCAGAUUGCUGGGAAAGUACUGACGAAUAUGUUGACAAUCUUCUCGAGUUCGCAACUACCUCUGCAAUAUUCCAGACACUAUGCGGUGGUGUGCACAUUCUGGAUUUCUUCACGCACGAACCCGAGUUGUUCCAACUCAUUGUACCGCCGGAUUGGCAGAAAUACCUUCUACAAUGUGGUUCCAUGACUCUACUGGAUGUGCUAAUGAGAGAUGAUCUGAACUCACUCUCAGAUCCCCAACCACCAGCGAGCCUCCUACAAUACAUCAAAGACAUCAGGAGGUUUUCGCUGGUCAGGUCCCACAAGACGGCGCAGGAGAAAAUGCCAAAAUUGUCGCGGCAAGUAGCCGUGGGCAUGAAGCCAAAGAAGGUGCACGAAGUGAGCCACUUUGCAAAUUAUGUGGACAAACUUGCUGGGGACAUUGCUGCUAUAUCGGGCGAGGAAAUAAGCCAUUUCGUUGAUUUUGGCAGUGGUCAGAACUACCUGGGAAGAGCUCUGGCUAGUUCGCCAUACAACAAGCACAUUGUUGCGGUUGAAGGUCGAGAGCAUAAUAUCAAGGGGGCGAAGGAAUUGGAUAUGCACGCUGGUAUUGCUGGAAAAGAGAAAGUCAUGCGCAAUAAGAAGCUGUGGCAACAAAAACUGGACAGCAUGAGAUCGGGGGAAGAUAUCGACGAAAGGGUGCUCAAAAGAGCAGCAAAACCUACAAAGGAAACGCUGGAGAAAUACGUGGUUGAUUUCAGACCCACAAGAGAAUUACAGGCGACAUACGUUCCAGAGGAUGGCAAAGGUUUCAUACGAUACAUAUCCGGACAGCUCGAAUCGGGAGAUUUGUCAGACGUCAUGAGUCACUUGAAAGGAAAUGCAGACGCGGAACAACAAGAGUCGAGCGGACCACGGCUGAUGGCGGUCUCGAUACAUUCAUGUGGCAACCUUUCCCAUAUGGGGAUCCGAUCUCUUAUCUUGAACGCAAACGUUCGAGCAGUAGCUAUUGUUGGAUGUUGCUACAAUCUGAUGACCGAAAAGUUGGGCCCUCAGACCUACAAACUCGCUGGCAUGCGUCCGAGUCUUCAGCCUCUCAAUGGACGAGUUAUCAGGGAGUCGGCGAAACAGGACCCCCAGGGAUUUCCUAUGAGUGAGCGACUCCGCAAGUACAAAGAAGCCGGCAUCGGCUUCAACAUCACUGCUCGGAUGAUGGCGUGCCAAGCGCCUCAUAACUGGGGCGAACAGGAUAGUGACGACUUCUUCACCCGUCACUUCUUUCGUGCUGUUCUUCAGAAGAUAUUCCUAGAUAAGGGAGUCAUUUCAAAGAUACGCCACCAUCCGGAUGAGCAGAGCGCAGAGGAAAGCCCCUUCAACACCAGCACAAAUCCCGUCAUCAUUGGAUCUCUGCGAAAGAGUUGCUACAAGUCGCUUCAUUCAUAUGUGAGAGGGGCUGUGGCCAAGCUUACAACACAGUCGGACUAUCGCGAGUACUGUGACGUUGUCCAAGAGAAAAUGGGCGACAUCACGGACGAGGAGAUUGCCAUAUAUGAAGAAAUCUACAAACCCCGUAAGAGGGAAUUAAGCGCGAUUUGGAGUUUGAUGGCUUUUAGCGCGGGGGUGGUUGAGUCUAUGAUCGUAACUGAUCGUUGGCUCUUCUUGAAGCAACACUCCGAUAUUGUGGACAAGUGUUGGGUUGAAACGGUCUUCGACUAUCGAGAAAGCCCUCGAAACCUCGUUGUGGUCGGCAUGAAAAAACGUACCUCCCAUCUGGUUCGUUGCAUCGCCGGUGAAGAGGCCCAAUGA